AUGUUCUCUUUCUACAAGCUUCCUCUUACGCUUAAACCAACGGGCGAUGCCGCUGCAGAAGCGUCAGAAUUGCUCUCGAAGCGAAACAAUUUACCUGAACCGAGUAAUACCGUCCUGGAUGUUGGCUCUCUUGAUGCAAGUUCGAGGAAUACGGUGUUCUUGCAGGCUGCGCAAGCCUUCUCUCUUUUGCAGCAUCGGGACGACGGAGUUUCUUCCACAACAGAAAACAAUUCGACCGCUGCACCCGCAGGUCAACUCGAUCUCUCUGCGAAUUCCGACUUGGAACUGGAAAAUCAUAACAGUCUGGUGAUGCUUAUUUUAAAUGAUUUGAUUAAUAACAGCUUCGAAGAAGAAAAACGGACCGGACGUGACGUCACCGAUCCACUCAUCAUAAAAGUAAAGCGUGCAAUUUGCUCGUGCCAGACGAAAAUUAGCGCACGUCUUGCCCGCCAUCGCAUCCGAGCCAACGCCCUCACCGUUGACUCACUGCUACCUGAACAAGCUCAGCAGAGGAAAUCAAACCUUUGUUUUCUUUCUUUCUUUUUCUUUCUUUCUUUCUUUCUUUCUUUCUUUCUUUCUUUCUUUCUUUCUUUAUCUAUCUAUCUAUCUAUCUAUCCCCAGCCUGUUCAUUAUCUAUCUGUCAACGAGGGAUCUAUGAAACAUAAAAAUUCAACAUUUUUCUUUUUCCCUUUUCUUUUUCUUACAUUUCUUUCCUUUCUUCACAUAUUUGCACCUUCCUUUUUCUUCUUUCCUUUCUUUCUUUCUUUCUUUCAAUCAAUUUUUUCUUUUAUUCUUCUUUCCUGCCUCAUUUCAUUCCUUCCUUUCUUCCUUCCUUCUUUCCCCUUUUCUUUUUUCAUAUUUGCACUUUCCCUUUCUUUCUUUCUUUCUUUCUUUCUUUCCUUCUUUCUUUCUUUCUUUCUUUCUAUGAAAUUAUUUAGUUCAUUCUAUUUAAAUUAUUUAUUUAUUUCAUUCUAUCUAUCUAUCUAUCUAUCUAUCUAUCUAUCUAUCUAA